AUGGGCGAGAAAGGAGCAGAGGGUGUAACAAAUGAGGAGUGGAGGCCACCGGAGUGCCAAGAGGAGACCGCAAGCGCUAGGAGGAUGGAGGGAGGCAUGGGCGCUAGCACAAGGAUGAGAGGGCUCAGGCGAGUACAGCAAUGGGCACAAGCACUGGCACGCGAGGGCAAGGAAUGGGCACAGGCACGAGGGUGCAAAGACUCGCGAGCGCAGGGCAUUAGUGUUGGGCGUCUAGCUGGGCAUUGGCAUUGUAUGCUUGGCUGGGCAUUGACGUUGUGCGCUGGGAGCUGGCUGCUGGCGCUGGGUACCUGGCUAGGCAUUGGUGAUGUGCAUUGGUGGAGUAUA